AUGGCGUUGAUAGGAAAAUUUUUACAUCGAAUCGAUGUGAAGAUUUUGGAUUGUUGUAGUGCCACCGGUGGAAUAUUGACCAAAUAUUAUUAUUGCAAUGAUUCCGCGAACGCGGUGGAAAAUAAAGAAAACGAUUUUAGGGUUUUGGAAAUAAGACCGCAGACUAAGAAUGAAGUUUUUAAAAAAGGCGACACCGUUUUAAAUUUGCCUACUCCGCGUACGAAAAAAAUGUCAACAGAUCAAGAUUGGAGUAACGUGUGGCCUGGACCGAAAACUUUCCAUCCUGCUGCAGUACCUUUACCUCUAAGACAAGGAUACAAUAAAAAGGGAGCUCCUCCAGGGAAAUUUGGCAAUGCUGAACUAAUGAAAAUACCCAAUUUUCUUCAUUUGACUCCACCAGCGAUAAAAAAACAUUGCGAAGCAUUAAAAAAAUUCUGCACACAAUGGCCGGAAGAAUUGGAAACUGAUGAAGAUUUGGAAAAACAUUUUCCCAUUGAAAUAAUAACCUCUGAUUAUUGUCAUUCGUCACCAUUUAUAGGUGAUCCAUUAGGAAGAAUAGUAUCAUUAAGGGUUAAAUUAAAAAAUUUAAAUUUGGACAAACAUGCCGAGGACAAAUUAUUGAGAUUAGUCGAAGAUAGAUAUGAUCCUAAAACGGAUUACAUAACAAUAACAACAGAUUCCUGUCCGAUAAAAAAACAAAAUUAUGAAUAUGCACAAUAUUUACUCACAGCCAUCGUUUAUGAAUCAUGGAAAGAAGAACCUUGGGAAAAAGAAAAAACAGACCAAGAUCAAGAAACAUACGUUUUCGAAAAAAGAAAAGCUUAUCAAAAUGUCAAACAAGUUUUCGAGUAUUGCGAUCGAAAGUUACCGGAUUUAACGGAAUUUGGAAAAGCCGUUGAAGAUUUACACAACGAUGAAAACAAUAUCGACAACGUUAGAAAGUACAAAGAAGAAUCAUUGAAAUUAUUAUCAUUAUCAUCUAAUUGA